CUGCUUAUAUCAUGGCGGGUGGACCAGCUGAGCAAGGCCAAAGCGAUGCUCAGCUGAAUGAAGAAGUAGAUUCGUUGAAGCGAAAGCUUGAAGAUGAGCGUAAUAAGCUUUCCGAUGAAGACUGUUAGUUGUGUAAAAUUUUUUUAUAUGCCAGUGGUCACUGCAAGUCAACACCUAGAUACUGUUCCAUCAUUGAACAUUCGGAUUAGGAGAGUUUUGAAAGGACACCAGGGAAAAGUACUGAGUCUUGCAUGGUCUUUGGAUAAAAGGCAUAUUGUAAGCUCGUCACAGGAUGGGAGAAUUAUAGUGUGGGAUGGAUUUACGGUAUCAAAAGAAUACUCGAUAUCUAUGCCAACUACCUGGGUAAUGUCUUGUGCAUACAGUCCUUCUGGAAAUUUCGUUGCUUGCGGUGGUUUGGACAACAAAUGCACUGUAUAUCCGCUGACUUCAGAUGAGGAUCCUAUUCUCAAGAAGAAACUUGUCGCGACGCAUACCUCAUAUUUGUCUUGUUGUUUAUUCAACAUAUCUGAUCACCAGCUGCUAACUGGAAGUGGAGACAGCACUUGUGUUUUAUGGGAUGUGGAAUAUGCACAGAUAAUUCAAAGUUUUUAUGGGCAUUCUGCUGAUGUGUUGAGUGUCGCACUGUCACCGUCUGAAUUCGGGAGGACUUUCGUCUCUGGGGGCUGCGACAGGUGUGCCAACGUCUGGGAUAUGCGUACAGGACAGUGUGUACAGGUGUUUCAAGGUCACGAAUCGGAUGUCAAUAGUGUCAGGUUUUUCCCAGUGGUGAUGCCUUUGCUACAGGCUCAGAUGAUGCAACUAUCCGCUUGUUUGAUCUUCGUGCUGAUCGUGAAGUUUGUGUAUAUAAGAAAGACAGCGUCAUUUUCGCAUGCAACGCAGUCGACUUCUCCCUAAGUGGUCGUCUCCUCUUUGGUGGAUACAGUGAUCAUGCCAUGAACAUAUGGGAUGUACUCAAAGGUCAACGUAUUAGCAUCCUUUACUGUCAUGAAAAUCGUAUUUCUUCCUUACGCGUCAGUCCAGAUGGGACGGCUAUAUGUACUGGCAGUUGGGAUACAACCCUAAGGAUUUGGGCUUAAUCAUUCGCAUUAUCAGGAAAUUGGUUAGUAUUUUUAACCCUCAUACUGUGGAGUUGAUCUAAACAUUCAUGAUACAUAGGUUCACUGUAAUGUUUAAGUACCAAUGAUUAUUCAACCUUUGCAUUUACUGAACAAAAACAAACAGUCUGUGACUUGUUUAUUUUCAAAGUUUUUCUUUCUCCUAUGCUUUUCAUGUACUCUUUUCAUUCGUUUUUCUUUUGAUUUCGUCUUUUUAAUUUAUCUGACCUUUUAAGUGCUGUUACUUGUUUUAUUUCUUCGAACAUUUGUUCGAAUUAUGAUAUUUACUAUACAAUUUAAAAUUUAAAGCUAAUAGAUGAAUCUUUUCAUAUCUUUCCUAUUUUAUAAACAGUAACUAGUCAUGCAAUAUUAACAACUAAUUUCCACAUUGUAUCUUGUUUGUAAAACAGAUAAAACUGAAUUUUUCAGUUGAAUUGCAUUCUACUUGCCUAUUUCUUCUGUUGUAUUAAUUGUAUCUGUGAUUUCAUGCCUUUAUAUUUUUAUGGGGCAUGUUCGGCGCAGUGGUUUUGUCAGUGUAAACAUUCAUUUUUGUUUUUUUUCAGUAAGUAAAUAGAUUCCUUCUCAUC